AACUGACGUUUGUUUUAUUUUUGUUGUAUAGCCGACGACUUGACUUCCUAAGAAAAUAGAAAAGUUCGGUACAAUAGCAAAAAAAAAAAAAAAAGAAAAAAAAGAAACAAAUUAACAAAGGAACUUCUUUUGUGUUGUAACUUGUGUUUAGAGAUCGAUGUCGACGAAAAAAAGGUUAAUUUCAGCAGCUCUCUUGUGGCUUCUCUUCCUUUUCCUAACCCUAACUUUUAUUCUGAGUAGAUUAAGCGAUAACAAAGCGACUUCUGGGGAAACCCAUGAGGAGACUGAUUUGGAAGAGGUUACUCACAAAGUUUACUUCGAUAUCAAGAUUGAUGGGAAACCCAUUGGUCGCAUAGUCAUGGGCCUUUUCGGAAAAACGGUUCCUAAGACCAUAGAAAACUUUCGAGCGCUUUGUACUGGUAGCCAAGUAACUUAAUGCUCCUUUUCUUAUAACUGUACCCAUAAGGC